CAGAUCCUCAAGCUUCUGCCUGUUCGCAACCCGGCUGGGUCCCCGCGCGUCCUGCUCAGAUGUGGAAGACUGAGUCCUGUUAAAAGUGCACAGAGCCCAAUCCAGAAACGCUCUGCCCCCAAGGGCUCCAUGCAGACGCCACAGGAUGGAGAAGACCUCGCCCACCAACCCUGGUACCAUGGUACCCUGUCCCGGCAGAAGGCUGAAGCUCUUCUUCUCCAAGAUGGUGACUUCCUGGUUCGCACCUCUGGGUCCCGUGGAGACCACCCCGUGAUCUCAUGCCGCUGGCGGGGGUCUGCUCUGCAUUUUGAGGUGUUCCGCGUGGCCCUGCGUCCCCGACCAGGCCGACCUGCAGCCCUCUUUCAACUGGAGGAUGAGAGGUUCAGGAGCAUGCCAGCACUGGUGCGCAGCUACGUGACGGGCCGGCGCCCACUGUCCCAAGCCACAGGGGCUGUGGCCUCCAGGCCCGUGGUCCGGCAGGGGCCUCUCCGGCGCAGCUUUAGCGAAGACACCCUUCAGGGCAGCCCAGCUCAGACCGAGUCUUUCAGGGCUAGGAGGUGGAGCAACAGCCAACCCGCCGGCUUGGAUCAUACAGGUCAGGCCACAGAAGCCCACUCAGGACCAGGAGCCCGCACCGCACCCGCAUCUGCCCUGCUCCGGAUGGGCAGUGACCCCACGUUGCUGAAGGUCCCAGCUCCCUUGAGGUCCGUCGCUGACAGCCUCAGAGCUUCCGAUGGGCAGCUUCACGCCAAGGCGCCAAGCAAGCCUCCCCGGACACCCUCACUGACGCUUCCGGAUGCCCCUGGGCUGCCCCCAACGUACUGUGAGCUGGUGCCCCGAGUGCCCAGAGCCGGGGGAACACCCCCUGGCCACAGCUGUUCAGAGCCGGAGGCCCCAUGGUGGGAGGCUGAAGAGGAGGAAGAGGAGGACGGGUGUUUUGCAAGACCACAGAGCGAGGUGUCUUUUUGCCCUCCUGACAACCCCUUCUGCCUGCUGGGUGCCCACAAUCGGCCCCUGGACCCCACAGUGCUGCGUGUUCUCCGGGGCUUGCUCCUGGAGCACCAUGCAGAGGGCACCGCCCUCCACCUGCUGUUGGUGGAUUGCCAGGCUGCAGGCCUCCUGGGAGUUACCAAGGCUCAGCAAGUGGCCAUGGGGGUCCGCUCUGGCCUGGAGCUACUCACCCUUCCCCAUGGGCAUCGUUUGAGGUUGGAACUGCUGCAGAGGUUGGAGACCCUGGCGCUGGCGGGAGCGCUGGCUGUCUUGGGGUGCUCAGGGCCGCUGGAGGAGCGCGAGAAAGGAGGCAGGCUCCCUUCUGUUCCGCAGGUGUCACGGUUGGAGUGCACGUGGCGCCAGCUCCGACGGAGCCACACAGAGGCUGCGCUGGCCUUCGAGCAGGAGCUAAAACCGCUGAUGCGGGCUCUGGAUGAGGGUUCAGGUGAGGGGCGAUCUGGGGCUUGGCGUUGCCUGGACCCCUGGAACUGCAGCUGCGAUCUCAGCCCAGGCCUAGGCCGGCCCCAAGCCCCACCCCCCCAUCCUAACCUUCGAUCCCGCCUGCCGCGACGCCCCGCCUCCGGGUCCCGGGACGGAAGCCUCCAGCUAAGCUUCCCUGGGUCCAUCGGGGAGUCUCCCCCGGGGGGCUGCCCCUCAAGCUCGUGCCCCAGUCGCACAGCCGCUGAGGUGGGGCUCCCUGCACCCCGCACCUGGAAUGGGUCACCCCCUCGUGCCCUGAUGAGACUGAGGCCACCAGAAGCCCUCUGUCACCGCAGCCUCAUCCUGUUCCACCCAAUCGCCCUAUUGUCCUGCAGCAGUCCCUCUUGGCCUCUCCUGGGUCAAAGUCCCCAGGAAAAGGACCAGGGCAAGGCGCGCCUGGACACCACCCCAGCCCACUGA